CAGUUUCAUCUUAACUUUGAUACGGAACGCACGUCAACCGUUGUCGUCGUAAGCAACCAUCCAACCUAUCGUCGCUGUCGUCAAACGUGGUCAAAUCUAGUUUUGUUUUUUCGGUCUUCUGUCACUUAGCUACAAACUUUAAACUCGUUUUUCGUCGCAUUGUCUUGUCUUGUCUUGUCUUUAUUUAGCGGCUUCUUCUUCGUCUUCAACUGUCGGUAUUUCCCACGAAAUCCAACAACAAAGCAAUCCAACCCCCCAACCUACAACUUCCGACGUGUUUUCUUUGUGAAAUCCCAACAAUGUUGACCGAUGUCGGAGAAUGGAGCGGUGUUACCGUUGAUAAUUACACCUUGGAAUUUGAAUUGGGCGAACCCACGGAAAAGACCAAAGAAGUUGCCCUCCGAGAACUGAGAGAAACACCAGAGAAUCGUCAAAAGGGUUUGGAGGAGCUGAAUAAAUUGCUGGAUGGUGAACCCAAUUUGAAAUGUCCCCGUGAUGAUCUCUUCCUUUUGCGUUUCCUCAGGACAUGUAAAUACUAUCCUGACAGUGCCUUUAAGCUGAUCAAAAACUACUACUCCUUCAAAUUGAAACAUGCCGAUGUGUACAAGGAUCUGAAGCCCAGUAAUGAGAAAAAUGUUUUCGAUCACAAUGUCAUUGUGGUAUUUCCCAAUCGUGAUCAGUUGGGCAGACGUGUGGCUGUGUUGGAACUCGGAAAAAAUUGGAAACACAAGCAAGUUGCCUUGGAUGAAGUCUUCAAGGCCGCCGUUCUUUAUCUCGAGGCUGCCAUGUGGGAACCGGAGACGCAAAUCAAUGGUGUUGUGGUCAUCUUCGAUAUGGACGGUUUGAGUUUACAACAAACCUGGCAAUUUACCCCAGCCUUUGCCAAACGUAUUGUUGACUGGCUGCAGGAUUCGGUACCGUUGCGUGUAAAGGCUAUUCAUGUUGUAAAUCAACCGAAAAUUUUCAAUGUAGUCUUCUCGCUAUUCAAGCCCUUCUUGAGAGAGAAACUACGAUCACGUAUCUAUUUCCAUGGUACCGAUCGUCAGUCGCUGUACAAACACAUGAGCCCCGAAUGCUUGCCUGCCGUCUAUGGUGGCACCCGCAAGGAGCCACGUUUCAACGGAGAUCAAUGGUACAAACUGCUGGUGCAGGCCGAGAAGGAAUAUGAAGCCAUCAAUACCUAUGGCUAUAAGAAAUGAGGAGGAGUAGUGGAAGACACUCACCAAGCAUUCCAUUUUAUUGCCAGCACAAAAUCAGCGCAAAUUAUUAUUUUUAGUUUAAAAAUUUAGAUUUUUUAAUUUAAGAAAAGCAAUUUGUAAAGCCUAGGAAAGUAAUCAAUUAAGGGGAAAUUUUUUCAAACAAUUUUAAAUAUCGUUUUCUGUGCUUAAAAAUCAGUCUUAAUAUUGGGAAUAAUUUAAAAUAAGGUGGUACUUUUUUAAGAUCUUAAGUUCCCCCUUCAUUAUCCACCAAAAUGUUGGAAGAUACGUCAAAUAUUUCACGAGUUAUAGCCUUCAGAAAAAGAUUACUUAAAUAAUCUUAAAUUUAAAAAAAUUGAAACUCUUAUGAUUUUUUCCUGAUAUCUCUGGAAUUACAUCAGCCACGUUGGAGAUUUUUUCCUCAUUCAAAGCUUAGAUGUUCCUCUUUCAUGAUUAAACUACAUCUUGAAGAUACGUUAAAUAUUUCAGAAGUUAUAGCCACUUAAAAUGAAUCACUCAACAAAUGUGAAAUUUAGGAAAAAAUCGACCCAUUUGAACUUUGGGUAAAAACUUCAGAAUUUUUCUAGGCACAAGUCAAAAUCUCUUUCCUCGUUAUAAGAUUAGAUUCCGCUCUUUCGUAAUUUGGUUAUAUCUUGUCAAUGCAUCAAAUAUUUCCCAAAUUAUGGCCAUAGGAAAAAGAUUACCCAAAUAAUUUCAAAUGUUCAAAAAUUUGAGUUCUCAUGAAUUAUUCACAAUAUCUCUGGAUUUAUACCAGCCACGCUAAAGAUUUUUUCCUCAUACAAAGCUUAGAUGUUCCUCUUUCAUAAUUGAACUACAUCUUGAAGAUACGUUAAAUAUUUCAGAAGUUAUAGCCACUUAAAAUGAAUCACUCAACAAAUGUGAAAUAUAGGAAAAAAUCGAUUCAUUUGAAAUUUUGGCAAUAACUUCAGAAUUUCUCUAGGCACAAGUCCAAAUCUCUUUCCUCGUUAUAAGAUAAGAUUCCACUUUUUCAUAAACCGUUUACAUUUUGAAAAUUUGUCCAAUAUUUCCCGAGUUAUGGCCACAGAAAAAUGAUAACCUCAAAAAAUUUCAAAUUUGAGGAAAUUGGAGCACGCAUGAAAUUUCCAAAUAUCUCUGGAAUUUCAACGGACAUAUGUCAAUAUUUUGUUCUUCAUUUACACAUUGGACGUUCUUCUUUCAGAAUUGAGCUACAUCCUGAAUAUACGUUUACAAUUUUACAAGUUAUAGCCAUUUGAAAAUGUUUACUCAACAAAUCGGAAAUAUUGAAAAAUUUGAUCACAUGCAUUUUUGGCUAUAUCUCUAUAAUUUCUCUAGACACAAUACCGAAUCUCUUUCCUCGUUAUAAGAUAAGAUUCCACUCUUUCGAAAUUUGGUUAUAUCUUGUCAAUGCGUCAAAUAUUUCCCGAGUUACAGCCACAGGAAAAUGAUAACCUCAAAAAUUUUCAAAUUUGAAGAAAUUGGAGCUCGCAUGAAAUUUCCCAAUAUCUCUGGAAUUUGCUACGGACAUAGGACAACAUUUUUUUCUUCAUUUACACAUUGGACGUUCUUCUUUCAUAAUUGAGCUACAUUUUAAAUAUACGUUUACAAUUUUACAAGCUAUAGCCAUUUGAAAAUGUUUACUCAAUAAAGCGGAAAAAUUUAAAAAUUUGAGUCACACGCAUUUUUGGCUAUAUCUCUACAAUUUCACUUGGCACAAGACCGAAUCUCCUUCCUCAUUUUAAGAAUAGAUAUUUCUCUUUCGUAAUUCGUUUAAAUCUCGAAAAUCUGUCAAAUAUAUCCCGAGUUAUGGCCACAGGAAAAUGAUUACUCAAAAAAUUUCAAUUGUUAAUAAAUUUGAGGUCUCAUGUAUUUUUCCCAAUAUCUCUGAAAUUUUAACGGACAGAGGACAAUUUUUUCCCACAUUUAAAGAUCAGAUGUUCUUCUUUCAUAAUUGAGCUACAUCUUGAAUAUACGUUAAAUAUUUUACAAGUUAUAGCCAUUUGAAAAUGAUUACCCAAGAAAUUGCAAAUAUUUAAAAAAUUUAAGGCACAUGAAUUUGUGGCUAUAUCUCUGCAAUUUCACUCGGCACAAGACCAAAAUGUUUAUCCUCGUUCAAAGCUGAGAUGAUGCUCUUUCAUAAUUCAGUCUAAAUGUAAAGAUAUCUCAAAAACUUCUCAAGUUAUGGCCCCGAAAAAAUUAUUGUUCAACGAUUUUUAAAUAUUUGGAAAACCCGGUCCGCAUAAAUUAUUGGCCCCAUCCUUAGAAUAUCACCAGUUAUUAUUCUUCUUUUGUUAACUUUCCUAUAACUCGAAAAUUUGUUUUGGUAGAUCAAAGUAUUGCUUAUAAGUUUUAAAGAUCAGAUGUCCCUUUUUCGAAAUCUACAUAAUUUAUUCAAAAAUUCUUGAUAAUCUCCGAAGUUAUGACUCCUAAAAAUCCGGUUAUUUUUAAAAUCCUCCAAUUGAUUACUUUCUUAGCUUUACAAUUAUUUUCCUUUUAUCAACUAAACAUUUUCUGUAUUAAUUUAUUAUUAUAAUUUUUUCCAAUUAUUCUUAGAAAUUCUCAAGUCAUAAGUAUGGAGUUACUUAAACUCCAUAAGAGUCUACAACACCUGGAAAUUUCCUGAAAUUUCCAUGUAUAUAUAACUUUUCUUAUAUACAGUUAAAAAAAGGGGUCUGAAAAUAGAAUUUAAAUUUUCAUUAUAACCUCAAACACGACUGUAUUAUGCGGGGGCUGUAAUUAUUUAAUAAUAAUAAUAUUUUUGGUAUAUUGUUUUUUUAUAUAUAAAUAUAUUUAUAAUUUUAAGUCAAAGGUUUCUGUAGUCUAUAAGUUUGUUGUUGUUAAAUUUUCAAGAAAAAGUUUUAAAGACGAAGAAAACUCAAAAUGCUAUCGCCAAAUUUAUGAACAAAUAUUUAAGUUAAUUUUUUAAAAAUAUAUUUUUUAUGUAGAAAUUAUGCCUAAAUAAACAACAAAUGCUAAAAUAAAA